AUGCUCAUGCGCACAACGAUAGCCGUGCAACAUGAGUGAAGGAACGUUUACCAUACGAACUCGCAAGUUCAUGACAAAUCGCUUGCUUCAGCGCAAACAAAUGGUUGUUGACGUCCUCCAUCCUGGCCGUGCUAAUGUUUCUAAAUCUGAUCUUCGUGACAAGCUGGCACAGAUGUACAAAUCCUCACGUGACGUCAUUAUUUGUUUUGGAUUCCGAACUGCAUUUGGUGGCGGUAAAAGUUCUGGAUUUGCUUUAAUUUAUGACAAUCUGGACGUUGCCAAGAAAUACGAACCAAAAUUCAGAUUAGUUCGGCAAGGACUGAUGGAGAAGGUGAAAACAGCAAGGAAGCAACGGAAAGAAAGAAAGAAUAGACAGAAGAAGUUGAGAGGGACGAAGAAAGCAAAAGUCGGAACUGGGAAGAAGUAAAUUGUCUGGAACUCUGCAGAUAACGUUUCUCGCGGUUGUAUCGACCAGAAUGUUUUAAAUAAUUAAAUAGAAUUAUUGGAA